AUAAGGCCAAGUCGGUUCUUGGCUCAGAAGGAAGUAGGCGAGCGAAACCCUAACGCUGCGGACCAUUGCAACAAGGACCCUGAAAUAUGUAAUCUCUACGGAGGCGGAGGAAACAACUCGACGGUGACAUGCUGCAACAACAAAUGCAUAGACGUGAGCAACGACGACAAGAACUGCGGCGCGUGUAAAAACAAAUGCAAGUUCUCACAAACAUGUUGUCGCGGGCAAUGCGUUUACUUGGCUUACGACAAACGUCAUUGUGGACAGUGUAGCAAUCCGUGUGUGCUCGGCGAGUUGUGCGUCUAUGGUCUAUGUAACUACGCGUGA